AUGAGCAUACCGGUGUUGCUUUCCCCCAUACAAUUUACAUAUCCGGCGACGCGCGACCGGGCACGCGUUGGCGCAAACAACAACCUGGAUGCUGAAAGACCACGGAGUCAGACUACCACAGAUGAAGAGGAAGAGACACGAGAAGAUUCAGAGUCUGAUGAUGACAGCGAAAUGGAAGGCUGGAUCGCAGAACAAAAACGUCAAAUGGAAGCCUGGUAUUUCAAUGAGGCAGAGACUUACCCAAUGGAUUAUGACAUCCGAUCACGGGUCCGCGAAGACAUUAAACAACUAUCAGAGGAUUUUUGGCCUGUAAAACUUGAGGCUACACUUUCGUUCUGGGAGAAAGCUAGCAUACACGCGGAGCCGUUUCUCAUCCACGUUAUGGACGAGAAAUACGCGAAAGAGCCACUCGCAAUUGAUAUUCUCCAGGAAGACGAUCGCGCACUCGCAACAGCGGUGCAGACUGCUUGUCGCAAGACUGGCUUUGUACUGUUAUUAGGACACCUGGAACUCAAAAGACAUGGCGCAGUUUACGACAUAGAUGAUCUUGGAUCGAAGGCCACAGCCAGCGGCCUCCGGUAUUACAAUGAAGAAGAUCUGCGUUCGCGACACUAUAUUGAGGAGCUCUUGGAAGAAUCAUGGCAGCUAACCCGAGUAUAUGAUACCGACGGACAUGUGGUUACUGGACAGAUCAAGAUCAACAAGGACAACAUCGUCGAAGAAACACCAUGGGGAGGAUUCUACAACCCCAACAAACUGGUGUACCCAGCUGGGUACGAUGAAUAUUAUGGCGAUCUGGUGACGCAUUACUAUGACGCUGCGGUAAGCAACCUGGCAAGACUAGUAAUUCCUUCACUAAUGACGAUGAAGGUCAUGAUCAUAGUACCACGUGCCAAUCUUCUGGAUUUCCUGGACGUCGACCCGGGUUGGGCUGAUAUCGAAGCAGAUUCAAAACAGGCGAACCUCUACACCAGUAUCCACUAUUUUAUCACCAAGAUGCGAAAAUCUCCCGAUCCAACAUAUCGCAUUAGCUUCGUCUCAAGCUGUAUGAAGAUCAUCGACUAUAACAAAAAGAUGUCUCUCAGAGACCGUAUACCCAGCUGGUUUUGCCCUGCUCUUUUAGUAGGCGCCAUACACAUGCAGGAUGCUCGUCUGUGCAAGCGGAUAGUGGAUGCUUUCGGUCCGCAACUCAAAGUGCGGAGCUGGGAGCCAUUCGAAUAUUGGAUUAGCGAUGCCACUCUAUUCUGGGAUCUAUUGAACCCAAGGAGGCCUAUCCAGACAAUCAAGGAUCUCAAUGCCUUCGUCGAUGAACUACGGUGUGUCUGCUUAUGGGACCCAGUUUCAGCCUUUCAUUUUGACGCGUCCGAGACUGGACAGACUUUGGAAGACUUGGAAGACUUCAUGCGUGAGCGGGCAGCUACUCGAGCUACCACGGGCACGAUCUUUCGAGGGAAAAAGAGGGGGGCUGAAGAGUCUGCAGAUGACUCGCGCUUAGCCAAAAGGACGAAUAGAUACUGA